CGCACACACACGGUGCCCGCCUCCCUCCGCUUACCUCCGCCGCUUACCUCCUCCGCUUCCCUCCUCCGUUGCUGCUCUUCUGGCGCUUGGCCCAGCCUCGUUCCUGCAUUCGUGGCCGGACACAGCUGCCUGUUCUCCUCUCCUCUGGCCUCAGACAACCGGCACAUAGCUUUUGUAGUAUACCAGCAGUAUGGGUGGCGUUUUGAAAAAGCUCUUUGGCAACAAGGAGAUGCGUAUCCUCAUGCUCGGUCUCGACUCGGCUGGCAAGACCACCAUCUUGUACAAGCUCAAGCUCAACAACCCAGUUAGCACAAUCCCCACCGUGGGCUUCAACGUUGAAACAGUCACCUACAAGAACGUCAAGUUUAACGUCUGGGAUGUCGGAGGUCAGGAUAAGAUCCGUCCUCUGUGGCGACACUACUACACGGGGACUCAGGGCCUGAUUUUCGUGGUCGACUGCGCUGAUCGUGAACGCAUUGACGAGGCUCGCCGCGAACUUCAUAAGAUUCUCAAUGAUCGCGAAAUGAAGGAUGCCAUUGUCCUGAUUUUUGCCAACAAGCAGGAUAUCAAGGGUGCCAUCCUGCCAGAGGAACUCCCUGAUCUCCUCGGUCUCACACGCCUGACCAAGGACAGGACAUGGUAUGUCCAACCUUGCGUUGCCACGACCGGUGAUGGCCUCGUGGAGGGUCUGACCUGGCUUUCGCAAACACACAAGGCGUGAGCCCGUCAGGCGUACAUCGCUACCCUCGGCACUUGAGGCGUUCUUCAAGCGCCUCUGUCCCAGCCGUCUCCAGCAUCCUUCUUGAUGUUUCCGUAUUCCUCCUGUGUGUUGUGCUUUGUCUCCCUUCUCCCUUCUCAGCCUUGGUCUUUGGCCCUUCAGUCUGCUCGGGCAUGCCCACUCCAUUUUUCUCUCUCUAAAAUCCUUUCUUGUUUUGUAAACGCGGCGGCACGACGGACUGUCAACGUCGCCGUCUGUUUGAUUUGCCGACACCCCUGACCUUGCAGUUCUUGUCUGGUCCCAGCCGCGCUUGGUCAACCUCGGCUUGAUUCUUCUUGGCGACCUCCGAAGCGUUCGGGUUUCCGUUUCCUUGGCUCGCACGAUGCGACAAUGAAGCUCGUUGGCAGCUCGCUUAGUAUGGUCGUGAAGAGUGGAUGGGCACUUGGGCGUACAGGCCUUGUCCCUGCACCUGCUUGGAUUCACAGUUCAGUGGCUAGCACAUGCUUGCUCUGGCAACGCGCUCUCGUCGAUGUCGUCUGUGACGCUCGCUACGAGUUGCUGGGGUCCAUGGCUGGAUCGUGAAGACACGCGCACAUGCUUCUCAAUUCGGUGUGUCAAACGGAUUGAGUGUCGGGGGGCAGCGGCGACUGUGCGGUGUGAAGCAUGCUGCAUUGAUGCAGCCUGUUGCUGGCGCGUUAUGCUUCAGCGUUAGUUUUGCUCCUCGGUCGGGCGCUGAGUCCUGAAUGUUAUCCCUUCCUGUGUCCCCUUUGUGAUGUUGAUGUUGUCUUGUCUUGCCAAUUACAUUUUUCACUGGUC